ACGAUGAUGAUAACAUCGAAAUGCGAGUCGCAGAAGGUUCGCUCAUUUUAACCACAUUUUGCUAUGUGAACACCGCGAAGUGAAAUGGAUGUGAAACAUCAAGCAGAUGUAUGUGUUAUUGGAGCAGGAAUUUCAGGUCUUGCUACAGCGAAGUGUCUUCAGGAUGCCGGGUUGAGUGUGAUUGUCUUGGAGCAGAGUGACCGGGUCGGUGGGCUCUGGGCGUUCAGGGAACGGGGGUACGGUGUGAUGAGAUUCACGCACAUCAAUGUUUCCAAAUACAACUAUUGUUUCUCGGACUAUCCCUUCCCAGAUGAUGUACCCGACUUCCCACAUCAUUCUCAAAUGGCAAAGUACGUCAACGAUUACACAACACACUUUGGUCUCGACAAAAUCAUCAAGUUCCAAAUGAGGGUGAUACUGCUAAGCAAAAGUGGUGAGGAGUGGACGAUAACUGCUGCCAGAGUUGAAGAAGAUAAACACGGAGCCGAAAUGAUGGGAGAACAAGAAACAUUCACUGCGAGGUUUGUUGCCAUAGCAUCUGGUCACCAUGCAACUCCCAACGUGGCGAAAUUUCCUGGUCAAGAAUCAUUCAAAGGCAACAUCAUUCAUAGUGUUUCAUACAAAGAUGCCAUAACCAAUGGUAUUAUUGGGAAACGCGUCUUAGUGGUUGGAAUUGGUAACAGCGCAGUGGAUGUUGCAGUCGAUUUAGUGGCAACUGGCAGAUCCAAGGAUGUUUACAUCAGUACACGUUCAGGCGCUUGGGUCACAUCGAACUACGUCUUUGGAGAACCGGCCGACCUCUAUGCUUGCCGGUCAUUCCUCUGGUUGCCAUGGCAAAUCACAACAGUUAUAUUUGAAAAGUUGAUCUCAUUGUCAUUUGGAAAACCCGAAAGAUACAAUUUGAAUCCGAAGAUGCGAGCUCUUCAGACCCAACCAACCGUUAGCCCAACUCUCAUCCAUCACAUCCAGAGAGGUCAUAUCAAGGUCAAACCAAACAUCUCCAAGGUGGAGGAGAAGAUGGUGUCUUUUUCCGACGGCACGUCAGCUGAGAUUGAUCAUAUCAUCCUAUGCACUGGGUACCAUAUCAGCAUGCCUUAUCUUGCGGAUAACGUGAGAGCUAAAGUGCUCGAUGAAUCAACAAAUGUGAUUAAGCUUUUCAGGAAUGUCUUCAGUCCCGCCAUUGGUCCCUCCUUGGCCUUCAUAGGCUUUGUUCAACCAGCAUCAGGCGGAAUCCUCAGUAUGUCUGAGACACAAGCUCGAUGGUUUGCUGAAAUCUGCAGAGGUCAGGUCAAGCUACCCAGUCAAAAGGUCAUGACGGCAGGCAUGGAAACAGAAAGGGAAGAGGUUCGUAAACGCUACACUGCGUCAGCCCGUCACACAAUCCAGCGAGAUCCAAUCACCUACAACGAUGACAUCGCUGAAAUGUUUGGGGCCAAACCUCAACUGUGGAAACACCCAAGGCUCAUGUGGAGAUUACUCGUCGGCAGUUGUGGAGCAGCACAGUGGCGAUUGAAUGGACCCGGUAAAUGGGACAAGGCACCAGACGUUGUAAGGAGCGUUCCUGUAACAGGUUUAAUGCAUUACGGGGCUCUGACUAUUUUAGGUCUUUUUCUGUGCAUUGUUGCUUGUUUUCUUUAUCUCAUUCUCAGACUUUAAAGUGAUAUAAUUCAGAAAAAGACACACUCAAAUAAAUUUGACACCAGUUUAGUUUAGGAGACAUAAUAUAUUUUAAUCAAACUGUUAAAGGCUUUGGGUACUAUUUGUAUGUCACAAAACACAAACGUCAACAGAUUUAAAGGGUUUAAAGAUAAGAUGGUAGCUACAUGUAGCUUCUGUUAUAAACUAUUACUUGUUAAGGUGCUGUAGUUUUUUAAAAAUGAGUAAAACAAUUUUCACAAAAAAACGAUUUAUGCGAACUUCCUUAAAACAUUGCUCUGUGAUUUUCACCUUUUUUUUUUCUCCUCAAAAAGUUAACGACUAAUGAAGCUGAAACUUA